AUGAUUCGUUCGUUUUCGUUCGCGAGGCGAAACGACGACGGCGAUGACCUAACAACAACGGCGUGGUCGUCGAUGAACCUCCACGAUAGAUGCGUGGAUCUCGCGGUGGUGGUGGGACAAGGGUGGUCCCGCAAGUCCGUUAGCAGCCCCCAGGCUGCUCGUACGCCGCUCGUCGUCGAUCACGGCGCCAGCCACGGUGCUGCCGGCAAGAUGCCACGAGGUCUACCGACGAGACGCGGCCUCCAGACGUUGGCUCUCGUCAUCGCUACUGCCUAUGCCACGAUUCUUCUCUAUCAAGCUGUCGCACCGCGUCAGUGGAUCGACGAGAUGAACGCGGCGGAAGUGAAUAGUCGGAGCGUGAUAGUGGAAGUGCCGGCGUCGAGGAAGUUAAUCAGCGAGGAAUCGCCGGUGACGUUGCCGGUGGCGACGGCGACCAUGGCACCGUUUGCAACGAACCUCAACGAUGUAUUUAUCAGCGUGAAAACCACUAAACAUUAUCAUCACUCGCGUUUACCGGCCAUCAUCGACACGUGGUUUCAAUUCGCCAAGAAUCAGACCUGGUUUUUCACCGAUAGAGACGACCCGUAUUUCCAAAAUCAAACCCAUGGCCACAUGAUUAACACCAAGUGCUCAUCCUCGCACAAUCGGCGGGCUCUUUGCUGCAAAAUGUCCGUGGAAUUCGACAGAUUUCUUGACAGCGGCCGCAAAUGGUUCUGUCAUUUCGAUGACGAUAAUUACGUGAACGUGCCACGCCUGUUGAAGCUCCUGGACAAUUAUAACCCACGGGAGGAUUGGUACCUUGGCAAGCCCUCGAUACCUGCGCCUUUGGAGAUCAUCAGGCAAGGUCCGGAGCCACAGAAGCGGCCGCAAAAGGUGAAGUUCUGGUUCGCCACGGGUGGUGCUGGAUUCUGCAUCAGCCGAGCAUUGGCACUAAAGAUGACGCCGGUUGCUGGCGGAGGAAAAUUUAUCACCGUCGGCGACAGAAUUAGAUUGCCAGACGAUGUAACGAUGGGAUACAUUAUCGAAUAUCUUCUGAAAAAGCAACUCACAGUCGUAGAACAAUUCCACUCGCACCUGGAACCAAUGAAGUUCCUGAACAAGGAUACCUUUCACGAGCAGGUCUCUUUUAGUUAUUCUAAAGGACCUAGAGAUGAAUGGAACAUCCUGAAAAUUGAUGGUUUUGACAUGAAGAAUGAUCCAAAGAGAUUCAAAUCCAUUCAUUGUCACCUAUUUCCACAUGUUCCUUAUUGUCCGCACAGAUGAUAGAUCGUGCAGCGAAUGUAAAAAUAAAAAAAAAUGUUGAAGAACUUACUGAUCUCUCAUUUUCAAAGAAGAUAUGAGAAGAAAAUGUGAGUUCUCUUAAAAAAAUGGAGCGGAGAGUUUGUUUCCUGAUUAUAUAGAGAAGAAAUGUAUGAAAGAUCAACGUACGGUGAGGAGCAUAACUAAAUUAAUAACACAUUUUAAGAAAAAAUAUUAUUAUUAUUAUUAUA